AUGGGCGAAGUCCAAAAGCACGAUUUCAAAAGAGAAAAAGACCCAAGUGAAGACGAGCAGGCAGCCAAGCUAUUGGAACGAAUCCGCGAAAUCGAAAAAGCCCACGAGGCAAGUGCAGAUCAAGAGAAAGUGGUCGAAGUGUCUUUUCCCGAGUUUAAGGUAAAUCAUUGCUCGUGCCCAGAGUGCAGUCCGCGCUUUCUUGAGGACGGCUCUUUGUAUUGCGAUUUGUGCAAAAUCCCUCUGCUUCAAGAAGACUGGUGCCAUCAUGAAAGGUCAAUCAGCCACCAACUUAGACGAAAGCAAGAAGACCAUCUUUAUAUCAACAGCUUCAUCCACCCAGACUCCACAGCAGCCAAGUGGAUGAUGUCGAUGGGCUGGAAGGAGGGCGAAGGACUGGGCGAGAAUGGGAAAGGGCGAUUGGAGCCGAUCCCCACACGAUUGAAGAACAAUCGUCUCGGUAUUGGCGCGGAGGACGAUAUGUAUGUGUGUUUGGGAUGA